GAAAAAACAGUUUAAAGCAACUUAACCUCAUAUAUGUUUACUGCAUUCUGUUAUAUAUUUUAUCAUUAUACAUACUUGUGUUUUUGGCUUCUCAAGAUAAUUAUAAAAUUGUAGUAAGUAUUAAAUUGUCACAUUUAUUUUUGACGACUAAUUCAUUACUAUUUAUCAUACUUUUUUUCCAAAAUUUUUCUGUUUACUAUUGAAAAACGUAAUAAAACAUGGUCUGACAGCCUCCCGUAGUUCAUAUUCACUGUGGCGCUGCAGUCACACUCGGAGCGAAUAGGUAACUAUACGCAGUAUUAGUGGUGACGUCACAAUUUGUAACUGUAUCUAAACAAACGUAUCGUCUAUUUAGAUACAAUAGCUGUGAUUUUAGAUCAGUUAUUAUUUCCUUAUAUUCGAAAAAAAAUAAAUUAUUUUAACUUGUAUACAUUCACUAGGACGUUUACUAAAGUAUAUAUUCGACUCCAAUCAAAACAGCGUUUUUCAUCUAAAUAAUAAUGGUGCAGUGUUGGGCACCUGGCUGUAAGCAUUACAAUGUCAGAGAGCGUUGUAAGUUUUAUAGAUUUCCAAAGGAUCCAAAAGUAAGAAGCAAAUGGAUAAAGCUAACAAGAAGAACAACAGAACCAGGUCCCGGAGCUUUUUUGUGUAGUUGUCAUUUUGUAGAUGGAAAAAAAGAAAAUGGGCCAACCAUUUGUUUACACAAUGAAGGAAAAAUGUUUCACGACCAAUAUCCCCAGAAAAAGAAAAGACCACUUCAAGAUGGGUAGGAAUUGCAAAUUGAACCACAAGCAUCUACGUCAAAAGAAACAGACGACUUCUCUCAAAGCAACCAUGUUAUGACAGAAGCAGAAAACUAUUUCUUACGACAAAGUCUAGAAAAAGCUACAGGUAGUCUCUCUCACUUAUCAGAAACAUUCUCCUUUGAUCAUAUUAGGAGUGAUAAUAACUUGGUCAUUUUAUAUACUGGUUUGCCUACAACAGAUGUAUUCAUGGCUCUGUAUCAUUUGUUGGAAAAAAAUGAAAUAAGAUAUUAUUUUAAAUGGAAGGUAGAAAAAAUGAGAAAAAUUGAUCAGCUGCUCAUGACUUUGAUGAAAUUGAAACAAAAUUUUCCACAUCAAGAUUUAGCAGUAAGGUUUAAUGUUUCACAAGGCACAGUCUCAAAUGUUGUAACAACAUGGGUGCAUGCCUUGCAUGAAAUUUUAUUCAAACAAUUCAUGUCUGAAAUACCAGAUAGAAGUAAAAAUCAGUUGUGCUUACCAAACUGUUUUAGUAGUUUCACAAAUUGUAGAAUUAUAAUAGAUUGUACGGAAGUUUAUACUUGUAUAAAUCGCCAAAGUAUGUCUUCCCAGAAGUUGACGUACAGCUCAUAUAAGCAUAGAAAUACAUGCAAAGGAUUAGUAGGUGUUGCACCAAAUGGUGUAGCUACAUUUUUAUCAUGUUUAUAUCCAGGUUCAACAUCAGACAAAAAAAUUGUCAAAGAUUGUGGAAUCUUAAAUCAACUUAAACCUGGAGACUUGGUAUUGGCAGAUAAAGGAUUCCUAAUUAAAGAUUUGAUGCCUCCCGGAGUUCAUAUUAACAUUCCCCCAUUUCUUACAACUCCUCAAUUUACUACAGAACAAGUUCAUCAAACUGAAUGCAUUGCUCGAGCAAGGAUUCAUGUGGAGCGUGCUAUAAGGAGAAUGAAGGUGUUCAAUAUAUUAAAUUUAAUUCCACAUUCUUUGUUGCCACAUGCUGAUGCUGUGUUUCAGGUAGUAGGGGCUUUAACAAACUUGCAGUAUCCUUUAAUUAAAGAAGUUGGACAACUUUAUUAUGAAGGGAUUCAAAAGAUUGAUCAUAUCGUUAGAUUUUGUAUAAAUAGUUUUUAAGUCUUAUGAACCUAUUUAACUUGUAAAACAUGUUUAUCUUUGCAUUGUAUCAACUUGUCUGUAAUAUAUACAUUGUUAUUUUAAA